GAAUAUAAUCAAGCUACAUCAUCUUUUCAUGAAGUUCUUGGUUCUCAUCCAACUUUUUGGGAAUCAUGCUCACAUUACACGCAGUGAAAUCUGGCUGGAUCUAUCUGGCUUGUGCGAACCUGUAGGGCCGGCAGCGGGAGGCUCCACCCACCCACCGGGACGUCAUUACGUCCCGUUUUUGACCCUCUGCACAUGCGCAGAAGAGGCGCGCAUGCUCACAUUUCUGAACCGGUAGCGAAGGUUCCUGAGAUUUCGAAAAUGUUGCAGAGAAAUCUUCCAAUGCUGUUGGGGGAGAAUGAGAAGGAAUGCCAGGCCAGCCAGUCCUUCAACCUCCACCUUGGAAGACGCAACAAAUCUGUCUGGCCGAAGAAAAACGAAAAUCACGAUAGACAUUGAGCUCCAUAAAGUGGAGCAGCACGAUUUCUCCACAAAGGACAGCCGAGGGAAAGAGAAAGUCCUCUUCAAGAGACAGGACCUUCCCCAAGCAGUGCAAUCAGAGCUGGCCUGUAUUAGAAGAGACCAGGAGAUGAGCCAAUACCUACAGCAAGUGGUCUUUCAGAGGAGGAGAGAGACACAGCAAAUAGUAGUACCCUUGGAAGUAGAGGCUUUGUUGCAAGACCACAAUUUAACCAGCUUCACAGCCGGGUUAGCUGCCUUGCUGGCAAUAUACGAUAUCAGCAAGAUCACACCAGUCAUGGACUCACCAGUGGAAUCCAUGCUGUUAGACAUUUCUAUCUUCUCUUGGAUGGCUAUCAUGGAGAUACAAGAUGAAGAUGUUCCUGAGGUGGAGAAGAAGUUGGUGGAGGAGGACUUUGGCCUCACACUCAGAAGCCUUCUCUGGCAGUCUCCCACCUCAGAGCACUUCAUUUUUAUUUUGAAGCACUUUGACCCAUACGGCAGAUUGUUCUCACCGGUGCUGAACCAGCUCCUCUACUGCGGGAACCAUCAUCCCAAGAUUGAUGUACGUAGCAAAACUAAAGUGCCAUGAAUUGUAGCCCUUCAG